CUACUACCAUCUAUUGACUACUGCUAGGUGGCACAUUGAGUCCGAGGAUCCCUCAUCAACAUGCUGGACUCGGACGCAGCAAAGGAACAGACCACAGACACACUGCGUGAGGAGGUGUGAUUCUUAGAGCUAUGGACUAAAACAGGAAGACUGUUACUGGACAGAAACAGUGGACCUCCACCAUCCUGCCAUGGAGGGGUCAACUGCAAAAAAAAAACCAGGAUAUGGACAUCACAAAAAAGAGACCUCUGUUGGCCACCCGCCACUGUACCGUCAGUCCACAGCAGACUUCAGUGGUGACGAGAUGGUUCAGCCCAGGAGACUGAAUGGUUCCUCAGUGGAGACUCCCAGCCACCAGGACCUGCACCGGGAGCUGCUGCUCAGCCAUAAACGGGGCCUGCUGCUGGAGGAGAAACCGGAGCUGAAACGAGUGUUGGAGCAGCGCAGGCUGGAACUGCACAGGGAGGAGGAGCUGGCACAACGGCGGCCCUCAGAUCUGGAGACGGAGCUCCGCAAAAGGCAGCAGAAGCUGGAAGAGUAUGAGCAGGAAGAGAUCAGGCAGCGGGAGAACCAAGAGAAGAUCCCAGAGUUUGUCCGUGUGAAGGACAACCUGAGGCGAACACAGACGUUUGAGCAGUGAGGCCCCAAGGCUCCCAUCAGCCCCUGCAGCAUCUCACCAUAGUGGCCCUAUCUUUAUGUUCACUGUCUACUGAGUCUACUGAGUUCUAAAAAAAAAAAGAGGCACCAGCUUACUACACAUCUGUUAGUGAAUUUAAAAUUGCAUUCUGAAAUAUCCGCAUUUGUGUAAGGAAUCCUGCAUAUCAGGAAACAUAAUCCACACUUAGCAAUGUCUUCUUAAAACGCUGUCAAAUUUUUGUUUCUGAUGGGGGAAAGGAAGUGCUAAUUUUAUAUUCGUAAUUAUGUGGAUCAACGGAAAGCUACUACUGUUCAGAGGCUGGGUAUUUUUUAUGUUUUCUAUAUUGUAUAUUUUUUAAAUCAACAUAUCGUGCUUCUUCCUUGAUUAAAGGAGCAUGAGACUGUUGAUAACUGUUUUAUUGUUUGCUCAGUGGGAGGGCCGCAUCACUCUAAUUCUUUACUUUCUAUAAGACUGCUAUGGGAUUGUGUGUGAUUGACCGAACUAUUUUCUAUCACUAGAAAUCCCCCAUUGUUACAAAUAUGUUUGUUUAUCUGCUUCUGUCAUGACUUUUGAUUCUUAGUGUGUCUGUGUGCUGUGGAAAUAAAGACUUUAUGGUUUGCA